UUUUUAGUUUCUCGCUAUUCAUUGACGUGUACAAUACGUUUGUGUUGUGUUAUAUUUUUUUGAACUUUGUUGUGCGUGAAAUUCGUUGCCAGCUGUCGUUAAAACUAUUAGAGACCUAGUUAGGACAUUCUUCAAGGACAUUAAUUGAAAUACAAAUAUAUAUACACAUAAGCUGACAUCAUGCCGCCCACAAUCACAUCGAGUCUGGCGCAUGACUAUAAUGCUCAUUGCAGGCCUCAGGUCCAGGACGAUGAUGAAAACGAUGCAUAUGUGCAUCGCAUAACGCGAUAUUCCGAUGGCACCGUCAAGCUGCGCAACUCAAAUAUUGAGUUAAUGGAUCAGGAUAUUCUAUAUCAUUUGGCGUUGGGCAGUGAGAGUCAUGAUUUGCCGGAGAUGUUUGGUGACGUAAAGUUUGUUUGCAUGGGUGGAACCCCAAAGCGCAUGGAGAACUUUGCAGACUUCAUCAUGGAAGAGAUUGGUUACAAGCUACCCGCUGGCACACAAUUGCAGGAUAUUAGCGCCUAUUCCUAUCGCUAUUCCAUGUAUAAGGUGGGUCCAGUGCUAUGUGUUAGCCAUGGUAUGGGAACACCUUCCGUGAGCAUUCUGAUGCACGAGAUGAUCAAGCUGAUGUAUCAUGCCAAGUGUGUGGAUCCCGUGUUCAUCAGGAUUGGCACAUGUGGUGGUGUUGGCAUCGAGGGCGGCACCGUUAUCAUCACUGAGGAUGCUCUCGAUGGACAAUUGCGCAAUUCGCAUGAGUUUACAAUUCUGGGCGAGACUGUGCAUCGUCCGGCUAAGCUGGACAAGAAGUUGGCACGUGAGCUGAAAUCGCUGGCCAGUUCUGAUGAUCCAUAUGAUACCAUCAUUGGCAAGACACUGUGCACAAAUGAUUUUUAUGAGGGACAAGGUCGUCUGGAUGGCGCCUUCUGUGAGUUCAGUGAAUCCGAUAAGAUGGCAUAUCUGGAGAAACUCCGCGACCAUGGAGUUGUCAACAUCGAAAUGGAGAGCACAAUUUUUGCAGCUUUGACUCAUCAUGCGGGUAUCAAAGCGGCCGUUGUUUGUGUCGCCUUACUUAAUCGCCUCAAUGGAGACCAGGUCAAUGCACCCAAGGAGGUCAUGCAUGAGUGGCAACAGCGUCCACAGAUACUUGUCUCGAGAUAUAUUCGCAAAGUACUUCAACAGCUUGGACCACUGAAGUCUUUGUUUGGUCAUCAGGGUUCGAUAAAAUCGCCCAGGCGUUUCAAGUUGGUCCAGCAGGAAUCUCAGGCCCACGACUAAAGCUAUCAGCCAAAUACCAGAACAACAAAAGACGGAUCAGGGGCAUAUAUAAUAUUUAUAUGUAAUUCUAUUAUAUAUGAUUUCAUAUUCAAGUUACCUUUGACUGUAAUGUCAACCCAAUCUUUACGUAUACAAGAUGUUUCAACAUUCCUUAAGUUAAUUUCGCUUUAAGUUCCCUUAUCAUAAAUAAAUAUAUGUACACUCGUAUAUGUUAGUAUCUCUGUAUGUAUAUCCAGCUUCUCAUUAGUUUACUUUACUCCAACACAUAGUUAAAAAUGAAUAACAUGCUGAAUGAAGACAUAUUUACAAAUAAACUCAAUGUGACGUUGUGUUUCAAAAUGCAUUCAAAUCGAAAUCGAAAUUGUUGUUGAUUGCACUACAAUAAUACAUAAUGAAAUAUAAACGAAAAAUAAAAAA